AUCGACUCUUCGGACUCAGUUUUAGAGGCAAUGCAAAUGAUCAGAGAGAUCUGACACAACAAAUACUGUACUUGCUCCUGUCGGUAUGAAACCAAACCGUCGGUGUCUGUAGCUACAUUUCCCUUAUAAGUAGCAGGGUUGCAUCUUUUCGUUGGAGCAUCAGUUGUGGAGCCAUGGUGGAUACUAGCAAAUGGCCUCUUUUCAGCCUUCUAAGCGCACAGGAGACUUCCUCUAUACGGAAGGCCUGCAUUUUUGGGACAUCUGCCAACGAAGCCAUCUACGUCACUCACGAUGAUGAGGUGUUUGUGUUUGGGCUGAACUGCAGUAACUGUUUGGGCACAGGGGACAGCCAGAGCACAGUUAUCCCUAAAAAAUUGGACUGUCUGAGUGGAAAGAAGGUGGUCAGUUUGAGCUAUGGCAGUGGACCACAUGUGCUUCUUGCUUCUGAGGAGGGGCACCUGUAUGCCUGGGGACACAAUGGAUACAGUCAGCUAGGUAAUGGGAGUACAAAUCAGGGGGUGUCUCCUGUGAAUGUGUCAACUAACCUGCAGAACAAGAGGGUGAUUGAGGUGGCUUGUGGAUCACAUCAUUCACUGGCCCAGACCCAUGAUGGCGAGGUGUUUGCUUGGGGUUAUAAUAACUGUGGUCAGGUGGGUUCAGGCUCCACCGCCAACCAGCCAGUACCACGUAAGGUCUCCAACUGCCUCAAUAGCAAAGCGGUAGUCAGCAUUGCUUGUGGCCAGACCUCCUCCAUGGCAGUGACAGAAAACGGUGAGGUGUAUGGUUGGGGCUAUAAUGGUAAUGGACAGCUUGGGUUGGGGAAUAAUGGUAAUCAGCUGACACCAUGCCGUCUACAGGGACUUCAGGGUGUCUGCAUUCUACAGAUUGCCUGUGGUUACGCCCACUCGCUGGCACUAACAGACGAAGGGCUUUUAUAUGCCUGGGGAGCCAACACAUAUGGUCAGCUCGGUAUAGGCAACAAGAGCAAUCAGCUCAGUCCUGUUCAGGUCAUGGCUGAAAAAGAGAGGAUUGUAGAAAUAGCAUCGUGCCACUCCACACACACCUCGGCAGGAAAGACUCAGAGUGGCCGGGUUUACAUGUGGGGUCAGUGCAGAGGUCAGGCCAUUGUUUUGCCCCACCACACACACCUCAGCAGCACUGAUGAUGUGUUUGCCUGCUUUUCCACCCCUGCAGUCAUGUGGAGGCUGCUGUCCACAGAGCAUGAUGACUUCUUAACUGUGGCCCAGGCUCUGAAGAAAGAGUUUGACAGUCCCGAGACCUCAGACCUCAAGUUUAGCGUAGACGGAAGAUUUAUUCAUGUCCAUAAAGCAGUUCUUAAAAUCAGAUGUGAACACUUUCGCUCCAUGUUCCAAUCUCACUGGAAUGAAGAUAUAAAAGAGGUGGUUGAAAUUGAUCAGUUCUCCUACCCUGUCUACCGUUCUUUUCUCGAGUUCCUCUACACAGACACUGUAGAUCUUCCUCCAGAGGAUGCCAUUGGACUGCUGGAUUUGGCGACCUCAUACUGUGAGAACAGGCUGAAGCGGCUGUGUCAGCACAUUAUAAAGAGGGGCAUUACUGUAGAGAACGCCUUCUCCCUGCUCGCUGCUGCUGUCAGAUAUGAUGCUGAGGACCUUGAGGAGUUCUGUUUCAAGUUUUGUGUAAACCACCUGACUGAGGUGACUCAGACUGCAGCAUUCUGGCAGAUUGAUGGGAACAUGCUGAAGGAGUUUAUCUGCAGAGCCAGCCGCUGCGGAGCCUUCAAAAACUGAGUUCUGUUAUAUAAGCUUAUCUGUUACUGCAAACAGUCAUUCAAACCACUAGAGAGCACUGUUACUAACUUUUGGUGACUCCCUGGAAGUAGAGCACCAAAAGGGCUUUUUUCCUCACCAGUUUCACUGCAAAUAUAAAUUUACGUCACUGACAAAUUGUUUACAUCUAGUUGAGGAGGGCAUGCUGUCAGUUCAACAGGCUUUUUUAUGUAUGAGAUUGUGGAUCUGUAGGUGUUCAGUAUGUUCCUAGAUUUACUAAGCACUUGGAAAACCUAAACACCACUACACUAAAUUUAAACACCAAUACAUGUACCUUUAUUAGUGACAGAUUUUAACCUAGCUCAUACUUUACCAUUGUUACCAUCUGGUCUUUAGCCUUGAAUAACUCCAUGAAUGAUAUUGACAGUAAGUGUAGAGACUAUAGAAUUAUACUAAUAUAGUCACACUUACUGUUGGCCUUGUUUGCACUGUGGCUGAACCUAAAUGAUUUGUAUUUUUAUUGGUGUAGAUUUGUAAUGUAUGUAUUAUUGAAAGCACCUACACAAAGUUUUACCCCUCUUACAUCCUAACCGGCAAAACGGGGGCUGACAUUAGUGUAAUUGUUGGGCUGUAUUUGUUUCUUGAUUUGGUGCAAUGCAAUAAUCUUUUGUAUGUAUCAUUGUGCUAUAUAAUAGGAAGGUGUUGGUAUUGGAAAAUAUCAGAAAUAUGUUUGUUACAUUAAUGUUUGUGACCCCAUAAGAUUAACUUUCUUACAUUAGCUGUGUAAAAUCAGCUUUUGCUCCAGCACUGACCAAGACACUUAAUAGUAGUCUUACAUUCUGGGCAUUCCAUGCAUAUUGACAGUGCUGCUUGUGGUGUACUUCAGUAAAACAGCUUAGAUUUUUGUAUUUUGCAGUCAGAGUUUACUUACAGCAUACAGUUUACUAUUUGUGCUUGCGGCUUUAACGCAUUUCAUUGCAAAUAGUUUGUCAGAACAAAUAUAUUGACGAUGCAAUUUCUUUUGACCUCCUUGAAAGAUACGAAUUUAAGAAUUUUAAUUGGUCUUCGUUAAAGAGUGCCUCAUAUGCUGUUACUUGAUAAAAAAUAAAAUAAACACUCUGGAAAAAGCUCAAUUUCAAAUCUCAGCUGUGCUGUCUGGCUGGGUGCUCAAUAGACACAAUUGGCUGUGUCUGGGGGAUACACACAGGUCAUAGUGUGAACUCUCUGUACAGUAGUAUAGCCCUAUAUAUGAAGCCACUAUUGUAAAGAAGAGGUUGGCAACUGCACACCUGUUGGAGGAGUUGGGAACUGGAAAUGACAAGAUUAAAAGAAACAAGGAGGGGGGUACAUUAUAUACGAAAAGUAUUGAUUUGUGGGUGAGGAUGAGAGAGCGAGAAUGUCAUUGAGGUGCUUUUCAUGAAAACAGCACAUUUACUUAUUGUUACAGGUUAAAAUGUUGUGUAUAAGCUUCAUCCGAAAUUAAUUGUUUACUUUGUGUGUAAAGGCGAAUUGCUUUUGUGAAAUGUACUGUAUAUAUUGUAUAGCUUUUUUUCACUAGACGUAAUUUUGUACUUAGAAGUGCUACAAAUGUGACCAAAAUAAAUC